UUUGACAGAAACUGAGUCGUGAUCAUCCGGUGGAGCCGUGGGUGGACAGCCUUCCCUAUUUACCUUCCCCUACGCUGAGAUUACUGUCGGUGCCAGCUUGCUUGGGUGGCUACAUGGACGACAACUAUUCGCUGCAUUUGAGGGGGUAACGUCGGUCGUUUGUUUCUCGGUUGUGUGGGUGAGAGUGAGGGAGAAACAGACUCGGGAUACUGGGGAUAUCCCCUCUCUACCCCCCCACCACCACCCCGGCUCGUUUGGACGAACAACAGAGCGAACGUCGUUUUCCCAGGCUAAGCUAACAACAGCGGCGGCGGCGGCGGUGUUACGGGUGGGGGUGGAUGUCUGUGUCGGCCCUCCGAAAGCAAAUGUAAGUAACGUCUCAGGAGUAUGUUGUGAAAAGAUGACAAGCACAGGAAGCGGAGCUAAUGGAGGAGAGCUUCUUGGAAGGGGAAGACGUGUCAACGGAUGAGUAUCGGUUGAGCGAUCGAUAAUAAAAAAAAAGAAAAGUGUUUUAAGCUAAGCGAAGCUAGUCGGUUAGCUUGCGUUGAUCAAGGAAGUUGACUAGCCACCUUGCUAACUCGGCGACAAUUAACUGCACCAAGGGUUGUUUAGAAAAUAAAAAGGAAAAACACCGAGUUGUUCGAUAGAGUUGGAGAUUCAUAUAAUAGGCAAGUGAUGAGACAUUUUUUUAGAAAAGCUGAAGUUUUAAUAUAAAGUCACGUAUUGUGAGCUUUUAACCCCAAAACAGAGGAAACAAAAAGGUUAGCUGGUUCGUUUAUCGUUAGCUGUAAAAGCUUGUUGUAAACAAACAAAGAGGGGUCCGAGCUCCACCGGUCCACGGACGCGGGUACACCUCGGGGGGGUGGGGUGGGGGUUCACGGACAUCGCUGGCUCUUUUUUUAUAUUUAACAGUGAACACUUUACACUCAGAGAUGGAUUUAAAGACCGCAGUUUUUAACGCAGCCAGGGACGGUAAGCUCCGUCUGCUUCAGAAACUGCUGGAGAACAAAGAUGGACACGAGGUGACCAAGCUGAUGGGCGAGAAGACUAACGGGGCCACCCCGCUCCUGAUGGCCUCCCGGUACGGCCACCUGGACCUGGUAGAGUAUCUGCUGGAGUGCUGCAGCGCUCCCGUGGAGGUCGGUGGAUCGGUGAACUUUGACGGGGAGACCAUCGAGGGAGCGCCCCCUCUCUGGGCGGCCUCGGCGGCGGGUCACCUGAAAGUGGUUCAAUCCCUGCUGGGCCACGGAGCUUCUGUCAACAGCACGACCCUGACCAACUCCACACCCCUGAGGGCAGCCUGCUUUGAUGGCCACCUGGACAUUGUGAAAUACCUGGUGGAGCACAAAGCGGACCUGGAGGUGGCCAACAGGCACGGACACACGUGUCUCAUGAUUUCCUGCUACAAGGGACACAAGGACAUAGCGCAGUACCUGCUGGAGAAAGGAGCAGAUGUCAACAGGAAAAGUGUAAAAGGCAACACGGCACUUCAUGACUGUGCAGAGUCAGGAAGUCUGGAGAUCAUGCGGAUGUUACUGCAGUAUGGGGCAUCCAUGGAGCAGGACGGUUACGGCAUGACACCCCUGCUCUCUGCCAGCGUCACGGGCCACACGAACAUUGUAGACGAACUGACGACGCACCAGCAGACAAGCCCCAUGGAACGCAUUGAUGCCUUGGAGCUCUUGGGAGCCACGUUUGUUGACAAGAAGAGAGAUCUGCUCGGAGCUUUAAAAUACUGGAAGAGAGCCAUGGACCUCAGGUACAUGGACAGUAACAACAUUGUCCAUAAACCAGAACCCAAGCAGCUGAUCAUGGCAUACGACUAUGCGAGAGAGGUAACGAACGGAGAAGAGCUGGAUGGGCUGAUAUCUGACCCGGAUGAGAUGCGCAUGCAGGCACUGCUCAUCCGAGAGAGGAUCCUCGGCCCCCAACACCCAGACACCUCUUACUACAUCCGUUACCGCGGUGCUGUCUAUGCUGACUCUGGGAACUUUGAGCGCUGUAUCAAUCUGUGGAAGUAUGCACUGGACAUGCAGCAGAGCAACCUGGACCCCCUCAGCCCCAUGACAGCCUCCAGCCUGCUGUCGUUCGCUGAGCUCUUCUCCUUCAUGCUGCAGGACAGGGCCAAGGGGCUCCUGGGGACAUCUGUGUCAUUUGAGGACUUGAUGGGGAUCCUUUCCAAAAGUGUGUUGGAGAUCGAGCGGGCAGUUAAACAAAAUGGACCUAUGCCUCCUGACCCUGCCCAGCUCAGCAAGGCCCUGUCAAUCAUCCUGCACCUCAUUUGUCUUUUAGAGAAGGUGCCGUGUACUGCAGAGCAGGACCACUUUAAGAAGGAAACUAUCUAUAGAUUCCUGAAGCUCCAGCCGUGUGGUAAGAAUGGCUACAGUCCACUACACCUGGCGGUCGACCGCAACACCACCUGUGUGGGCCGCUAUCCCGUCUGCAAGUUCCCUUCCCUCACAGUCGCUUCCAUCCUUCUCGAGUGUGGGGCGGACGUUAACAGCCGCGAUGAAGAUGACAACAGCCCCCUUCACAUCGCCGCAUCCAAUGGUCACCCAGACAUCAUGAACCUGUUGAUUUCAUGCGGGACUCACUUUGACAGCACCAACGCCUUCCAACAAACAGCCUGCGACCUCCUGGAUGAGAAGGAGCUCUCCAGGAAUGUCAUCCAGCCCAUAAACCACACCACGCUGCAGUGCCUAGCCGCCAGGGCCAUCAUCAAGCACAGCCUCAACUACCGGGGAAACAUCCCCGAGAAACUAGAGGCCUUUGUCUUGCUCCACAGAUAAUCGUGAAGAAGUAGAGAGGGGUGGAUGAAAAGAGGAAAGGGUGUGACUACAUCAAGCGGGCUAGACAGACCGAGGAGCACUAUAGUUCAAGCCUAACCCAUGAGGGGUUUGAGGAGCUGAAGGACAGUUACAUGGGUUAGGUAAGGAGUAUGAACUUGAAGAAUCAUGUGAACAAAAAUGUCCUCAUUUAACCAGGAUAAACUGAAAAAUGAAGGGAGUAAACGGAGGAAUGAGUUACCAUUUUUCUUCCUCUGUUUGCUCUUUCAUGGAGCCACAGCUCUGACUGGUCACAGCCCGAUCUGUGGGGAUGUAUUUGGAGUGGAUUGCAACAUGGACAAACACAGUUCGAUCUCUGGAUGAAGUGAACAAGGGGGUUUACGUGUUUUUUGCUUUAGAAAAAAAUGAUUUUUUUUUUUGCAUAUUCCACUAUGCUAUUUAUUGAAUGAAACUUGAGAGAUUUUUCUCCAUGCUGGCUCCAACCCAGUCUCAACUUUGCCUGCUUCUCUCUUCUCAAAGCAAGGAUUGAGGCAUUUCUACAUAUGCUGGGACUUCAGGUUAUUUUUUUGGUUUGUCCCAUCACUGUUGCCAACAGUCAUGGACCCUUCCUCAGUCAUCAUUAGGUUACUCCUUUUUUUUUUUUUUUCCUCCUCUUAUUUUUUGUACUUUUACAAUACAUUUAGUUAUUGUCAUGCAACUCUGGAUAUCUGCCAAGUGGUGUGGAGUCUAGACUCAUUCAUCGUUCCCUCUUUAGUGUAUAACAAAGCUUUACGAGAAGGGUUUAAUGUCUGCGAACACCAUAAGUGCUUUAUUCUUCCUAUGCACAGGCUAGGCUGUUGGAAAGAGAGACUGUUGUAUUCUGUGCCGGCACUUGUCUGUGCAAUAUCUCUCAUGAGUUUUUGUGUUUACCUCAUUGCUGCCGUUUCCUUCAGUAUCCCUUUACUUCACUCAAAGAAGGUGGGGGGGAUGCAAAACCAUUGUACUGAUUUGUUUGUAAGAAGAGUGAAUGAAUUUGGGUGAUUGUGUACGUCUGUAUGCGUGAAAGAGAGCAUGAGUGCCACACAGUGCGUUUCUUGUAUGCAGAGUGAUGAUUUUUUUUUUUUUUUUUUUUUGGAGCUUACACAAAAUAUUGAGGACAACAGUUUGGUGAAGUGGCACUCCUGGUGUUUCCAUAAUACACAUGACUGCCACUAGAAAACCACAGCAGGCCAAACUGUCUACAACCGCUGGAGUGUGCAGGCUUGUACACAGAAGUGACCUCUUUAAUGUUCGUACAUGGCCGACCUUUAAACGCCGUCAUUCUUUUUUAAUAAUCAUGAUCAAAAAGCAAAAUCUUGAGUAUGUCACUAACAUUGGCCCCACUGUGCAUGUGCAGCAGCAGCAGCAUACCAACUAACCAAUCACUGCAGAAAACCUUUUUCAUGACAACUCCUAGACUCCAAACUAGACUACAGCUAGGAUAGUUCUGCUCAUUUUGUACAAAUGUCGUCCAAUUGUAUGAGAACUGAAGACAUCAGUGAGUGGGAGGACACGUCAACGUACAGAAUUGUGAAGCUUGUGAAUUAUCUUUUUUGCACAUUAGCUUUUUAGAUGUGUGGGUUGAAAAAAAGGGCUUUUCAUAAUUCGUAGGAUUUCAUAUUGCAGUCUACUAAACCUGACAGUUCAAAACCAGACAUAGAAAAUGUAUGAGGACUCCCAGGGCAACUUGAUUUGAAUCUGCACUUUACUACAGCGGAGUUUAAGAUUUGAUAUGGCAUUAAUCAAGUUCAUGUCUUAAUAACCAGUUUCACAAUAAACCCAUGUUGCACUUGU